CGCAGGGUCUUGGAGCAGGGAGCGGCGGUCGCGCCCCCGAACACGCCCCGGUUCCCCGCCCCUUGCAUUUCGCUUUCGACCUCUCCCAGUCCUCCGGGACUCGGUCUGGUUUAUACCGGGUCGCGACGGGGGCAGCGCAGCCGGCCGGGGUGGAGAGAGGAUGCUUAACUCCUUAGGCCCUAAGUCCUCUCUUCCCGCCCUCUUCCCCUUUCUCCUUGGGGCGUCCGCGCCUGGCAGCCCCCUAGCCUGACUCGCCCCUCACUUUCUCCUCUUGUCCCUUAACCCCCGCGGGACCUGGCCGGACUUCAGGUCACUCAGGCUGCGAGCAGCUGAGGGUUAAGGGGGCGGGGCCGCCGCAUUUUUGGGGUGUGAGCGCAUCCUAGUGGUUGCCAAGAGGAGCGCUUGGCUGGGACCUCACAAAGCCCCCGAGCGGGGACAACAGCUUUCUGUCUCUUCCAGACACGUGAAGGAAAAAGAGAACUCGGAAAUCAGCAACCAAGAGGGGCGUCUGUGUGGAUGGGAUGGGGCCGCCGGGGGAGGGGCUGGGCCGCUGCUCCCAUGCCCUGAUCCGGGGUGUCCCCGAGAGCCUGGGAUCCGGGGAGGCUGCCGUGGCUGGCCUUCCGGCUCUGGACCUAGCCAAAGCUCAAAGGGAGCAUGGGGUGUUGGGGGGUAAACUGAGGCAGCGACUGGGACUACAGCUGCUAGAACUGCCUCCUGAAGAAUCACUGCCUCUGGGACCACUGCUCGGCGACACGGCCGUGAUCCAGGGGGACACAGCCCUCAUCACGCGGCCCUGGAGCCCGGCACGAAGACCCGAGGUGGAUGGAGUCCGCAAAGCCCUCCAGGACUUGGGACUCCGAAUCGUGGAGAUGGGGGACCAGAGCGCGACGCUGGACGGCACCGACGUCCUCUUCACCGGCCGGGAGUUUUUCGUAGGCCUCUCCAAGUGGACCAACCACCGAGGAGCAGAGAUCGUAGCGGACACGUUCCGGGACUUUGCGGUCUCCACCGUACCAGUGUCAGGUCCUUCCCACCUGCGCGGCCUCUGCGGCAUGGGGGGACCCCGCACCGUAGUGGCGGGCAGCAGUGAGGCUGCCCAGAAGGCGGUUCGGACGAUGGCAGCGCUGACAGAUCACCCUUAUGCUUCCCUGACCCUCCCGGAUGACGCAGCUGCUGACUGUCUCUUUCUGCGUCCUGGGUUGCCUGGUGGACCAUCUUUCCUUCUGCACCGAGGAGGUGGGGACCUGCCCAACAGCCAGGAGGCAUUGCAGAAGCUUUCUGAUGUCACUCUGGUCCCUGUGUCCUGCUCAGAACUGGAGAAAGCUGGCGCCGGGCUCAGCUCCCUCUGCCUGAUGCUCAGCACGCGCCCCCACAGCUAAGGACCUGGCCUUGGGGUUCUGUUUGCCCAGGGGUGGCAGCAUAGGGAGUAGACCGGGAAGGAGGGUUAGAUGGAGGAUGGUGAGGAGUGGGGAGAGAGGUCCCCAAGAUAGAGGGCAUAGCACGGGGAAAGGGACAGGGGUGACUGGGUGAGUUCUCUCUGUCUCUCAAAACCAAUAAAACAGAAUUGGCCUUUUA